UUGGGAUUAAUUAAUUUAGGUAAAGACUGUGUACAAGGUUACACUGGUGUAUUAAAUCAAUUUGUUUAGUGCUCAUCUGGCGAUGAUGGGCUCUAAUGAUAAAGGGGGCGGUGUCAGUAUUUCCAAGGGUUAAUAUGAGAAAUGGGACUGUGGGCCAAGAACUACUGGAAAACCAUACAACUUUUACAACAAAAAAUACAUUAUUAAAAUUGUUUAAUAUGUCUAUACCGAUGCCUACAAGAUUAAAAUUGCUUAUUUAUUAAUUUCAUAUUAAAUAUAGACCUCGUGUUUUUGUGUGUAUAUUUUCCCCAAUACUCGAUUGGAAACAACUUUCUGAAAUCAGACGUCCAGCCUAAAAUAGACAGAUGCUCAAUUCUGCGGCAUAAAGUCAAUAUUAUUCGGCCUCCAGUUAAAAGAUAAGGCCUACAGGCACUGGGAACGGCGAGGUUCUGUGGCUGGGAGGAGAGGAGUGAGCCCUUAAAAAACGCAGGCAUCCAGUCUCCAGAUGUUAUUGCCUGCCCUGUGAGCAGUUUUUAUCUGUCAGCCUGUUCACUGUUCUGGCAGUUUAUGUCUCGCGAGAGCAGCCGAGCACGGGCUUGACGAGAUCUGAGGCGCUCAGGUGUAAGAGCCUCUCUCAUCCCCAGCAGUGGGAAACAGUAGACAGAUAAGUGCGUCUGAGAGACUGCAGGCAUCUCUGUGAUCUCCGGGCUCAAGGCUGCACUCGGCGCACUAUACAGCGAACUACACUGCGUCAUUACUGGAUAGGCAAAGGAUCACUCUGUGUCUGUGAUUGUUUUCUAGCUCUUGUAGCCGUUAUCCCCCUUCUUUCCGUGCACUUUAAUUGGAGAAGCUCGCCAAGAUGAUGUCCAUGAACAGCAAACAGCCGCACUUCGCCAUGCAUCCCUCUUUACCCGAACACAAGUAUACCACCCUGCAUUCCAGCUCGGAAGCUAUAAGGAGAGCCUGUCUGCAAACUCCACAGUUACAGAGUAACAUAUUUGCAAGCCUGGAUGAGACGCUGCUGGCUCGGGCUGAGGCUUUGGCGGCCGUGGACAUCGCCGUGUCCCAGGGCAAGACGCACCCGUUCAAGCCCGACGCCACCUACCACACGAUGAGCACGGUGCCAUGCUCGUCGACAUCCACCGUGCCACUAGCCCACCACCAUCAUCACCAUCACCACCACCACCACCAGAACCUGGAGCCACCGGACAUUAUGGACCACAUCAGCUCGCCGUCUCUCAGCUUAAUGUCCAGUGCGCACGACGUGGCGGGCGGCGGAGGUGGCGGUGGCGGCGGAGGUGGCGGUGGUGGGCUCAUCUCCACCUCUGCUCACCCGCACUCUCACAUGCACGGUUUGGGUCACCUCUCCCACCAAGCUAUGAGCAUGAACUCACCUCUCACCCACCACGGGCUCUUACCGGGCCAUCACGGGGGAGGUCAAGGCGGCCCUGGGCUCACAAACAACGGACUUCCCUCCAUUAAUGACUCGGACACAGACCCAAGGGAGCUGGAGGCUUUCGCGGAGCGCUUCAAACAGCGGAGGAUCAAGCUGGGGGUGACACAGGCGGACGUGGGCAGCGCUUUGGCUAAUCUCAAAAUCCCCGGCGUUGGAUCACUGAGCCAAAGUACAAUUUGUCGAUUCGAGUCUUUAACUCUCUCCCACAACAACAUGAUUGCGCUCAAACCCAUCCUCCAGGCCUGGCUAGAAGAGGCCGAGGGGGCCCAAAGGGAAAAAAUGAGCAAACCUGACAUUUUCAACGGAGGAGAAAAGAAACGCAAGAGGACCUCGAUAGCAGCCCCAGAAAAGAGGUCUUUGGAGGCUUACUUCGCUGUACAACCUCGACCGUCGUCUGAGAAAAUAGCAGCUAUAGCUGAAAAGUUGGACCUGAAAAAAAAUGUGGUACGAGUGUGGUUUUGUAACCAAAGACAGAAGCAGAAGCGGUUGAAAUUUUCCGCGGCUCACUGAUGGGCGAGGAAGAGAAGUUAAAAAAAAAAAAAAAAAAGUUGUGUGACUGAAUUUGGGGACCAAGGGACACCGAGACACCAUUUUCAGUCUUUUGUCUCCAGCGAUUUUACACGCUGGUGCACAAUGGACUUUAGAUACCCAUUUUAUGAGGCUUCAUAUAUCCUGUUUAUUUUCACGUUAUCGGUGAAUGUGAAGUAUGCAAAUAACAGAUUACACAAACUUGGCUCAGAUGUUACCAGGGAAAAGUUUAGCGACGUCGACAUUGCCUUUUAAAUAAAAGAAAACAAAAGAAAAAAACUUGUGGAAAGAGGUAAUUUGCUCGAUACUAUAGCGAGUUAUUUUCUCCGAAUAGGCCUGUUAUUUUGAAGUAUAGCCAUUUACGAAUUACCUCACUGAUUGUUAAAUGUGGUUUGGGUUUGAUCUUUUCUGUCGUUGAUAUAGACUAAGUCAUGACUGUUCAUUUAUUCAUCCGUUCAUUUAUUCUUAUUUGGAGGCUGCUACGAACUGAAAUUUAGUUGCAAACUUUUUAUGGCUAUCGGAAAAAUAAUUAUUUUUCAGGCCUGCAUGAAAUCCUAAUUCACGGGAAGUAAUUUAGCCUGUGUGGGCUGUCACAUCUGCAGAUAUAUUUAUUUUGAAUUUGCACAAAGGACCCUUUAGGUUUCUAGAUCGGCUAUGUCGAAAUGCGUUUGUAUAUACAGACAUCACUUUAUCACUUACCAGAGGUGAGCUCCUGUAUUCUGGAAACAAAAUUAAUAAGGGGGAGGGGGUCUAUCUGCACCAUUGGCAUCACUGGGAAAAGUUUCAGACAGAUCAGAGCAUGAUAGCUCUGUCUACAUCAUUAAGAAGAGAUCGCAAUCAAUAAAAGGGGUUUUUCGUUCUUUCAUGUGUUUCAGUUUGCAGUGCAAACACUCUAUGCAUUGGAAGAAGAAUCACUGCAUAGCCUACAGCAGAGUUGUCUACUGCUAGACCUUAUUUUGUGGAUGGUGUAAGUCACUGUUUAAUGCCUGUUUUCACAUUGAGAUCACCACGUUGUUUGUCGUGUUAACUGUUACGGAAACGUUGUGUAAGUAAUAUUUUACUUUGUGCACAAAAGUAUGUUUACAAAAACUGCGGCGACAUGUGCAUCAUGGAGAAAAUGUCCCACUGUCUCCUUCCCUCUUUCACAACUUCUCCACUCUCCUCUGUUGUCCUCUUACUUUCAUUGGUACUAUUCAUCCUGUAAGCCAAAUCCAACAGGGAGGUGUGUUCCAGCAAUCUUCUAAUAAAUCAAAGAAAGAAAACUGUGCUUUUCCUGGUUGUGAUUCGGCCUGCACGGCACACGAUUAUCAAGGUUACUGCUGGUGCAAUAGUUUAACGCAUUACUAUGGCCACGUGAUAAAGCGUUUGGUAUGGUUUUAAAUGGCGUAGCUUUAUUCUAAUCAGCGAUAUAAAACUCAUUAUAAUGGUUGUAUAUACAUUUGCCUAAUUUUAGAGGAUAAUAUUAAAGUUUAAAGUUUAACUU